AUGAUGUACUCGACCCCCGCGCGCCAGCGGAUGUCACAAUCGCGCGCACCAUCAAGCGCACAAUCUCGCGGUCCCUCGAGCGCACAAAGAAGCACAGCCUGGUCAACAAAUGUCCCUGAAAUGCCACCCUAUGAACCUCCCUCGGACCCUCUCAACUUCGAAACCAAUCGCCAGCUAAAAGCAUUGCUCUCCAGCAGUAACUACAGAGACUUGGGGAUCCAUAUCUCCCAUGCUGUGCAAGAACUCACCAACUCAGGAGGCGAUGUAAACGAGCGGCUCCAAGAAGCGCGGAUGCGCUACGAGACAGCCAAAGAACGGCGACGCGCUAGGGCCCAAAGGAAAGACGCGGAGGGUGAUUCUAAUGAAGAGGAGGAUGCCGAUGAAAAUGAGACUGAAGAGAUGGAGGAACUUGGUGUCUUGGAGCGCAAAACUGACGAGGUGACCAGACAGAUGGAAGAAAAGGUCCGCAAUAUGAUUGAUAUGACGUUCAGGCUGGAGGAGCUGGCCAAGUCUGUUGAGCACGUUAAUCGAGACGAAGAUGCACAAAAUGCCAAUAUGGAGCCGAGGAGAACGAGGGCAGGUGGGAGGCAGCAGCCAAGAGGAGAUGAUGAUGAGGAUGGGGACGACCCGGCGGAUGAGAAUUUUGAGGUGGCGCAGGAUCAGGAAGCGAGAGAGCGCUAUUCUCAGAAUCCACCGAGUCGAAGAGUGCGGGAGGGUAUUGAAACUGGGGCUCAGAAAUGGGACGGGAUGACCUUGACUGAAAGAUAUGCUACUCAUAAUUCCUACGUUGGGUUUUACCGCGCAGUGCAUGAUAGCAAAUUCCCCCACAACGAAGCCCCGCCUCUGCCACAUUCAUCGACUUGGUUCCAAUAUAUGGAAGAUCCCGACACAUCCUCUGCAACACAGUCUCAAAAUACCUCUGGUCGACGGAAUCGGUCUGGGCGCGGUCGUCAGGAGCCCUCAGCUCCGGAUUCGGAUGAUGAUAUUGCUAUUCAGAGAGAGAUCACUUCUUUAAAGUGCCCCCUUACAUUGCUCCCAUACCAGGACCCGGUUACCAGCACCAAAUGUCCACACAGCUUCGAACGCGAGGCUAUCCACAACAUGAUUGCACGCAGCAAUACUACAAUUGCUGUUCGCCAAGGGCGACGCGAGCGUUCAGUCAAAUGUCCAGUCUGCACCACUCCUUUGACUGCAGGUGAUUUGCAGCCCGAUGCGGCUCUGCUACGUCGGGUACAGCGCGCCAAGCGGUUGGCUGAGCAGGAAGCAGAGGAAGAUGAACCUCGGUCAGCGGGUCAUCGUAACGAGGUCACCUUGGGGAGCGACGAUAUUGAUGACGAUAUGGAAGUGGACGUUGAUGUGGAUUUAGACGAAGAAGUUAAGCUUCCGGUUUCUAGUGCACGAGUCAAAGCCGAACCCAUUGACGGGGCCAUGUCUACUAAUGAUGACGAGGAAAAUGAGGAGUCUGAUGAAAGUGAGGGUUCCGAGGAAUCAGCAAACCAGGAUGAAGAUGUGGAUAUGGAAUCAAGCGAAGAUGCAGAGUCUGAGGAAGAAGAGUGA